AUGGAGAACAUCAUCGUUGAUCAUGCCCGGACCGCGCCGGACGCAGUCGCGGUGCAGGAUCAGGGCACGUCUCUUACCUACGCCGAGCUAUUCGCCGAGUCAAGCACCCUGGCGCAAAGGCUGAGGGAAGCGACCAGCCCGGGAGACACCAUCGGGAUUCUCCUGGGCCCCGGGGUCAAGCAAGUCAUUGCGCAGUUGGCCGUGCGCCUGGCCGACGGUGUCUGUGUCCCCAUCGAACCCUCCCUCCCCGAACGGCGCCUCACGGACAUGCUGCAGGAUGCCGAGGUCCAGCACAUCAUCACGGAGGAGGGACCGCAGGACUGGCCCGAGUUCCACCGGAUGGACUUUGACAUCGGCCAAAGCCGACCGGCCACCACGUCUCCGAACGCACCCGUCAACAUCACCUCAGAGCACAGCCAUCUUCUCUUCACGUCGGGCUCCACGGGCCGGCCCAAGCCGGUCCAGAUCCCCGCGGGCGGGAUCCUCCACCUGGCCACCCAGACCCCGGCCACGCCAUUGUCGGCCGAUGACCGGGUGGCAUCAUUCAACAACCCGGGGUUUGACCUCAGUCUGUUUGAGAUCUGGGUCACGCUGAUCGCGCGGGCCACGAUCGUGGUCGUGCCACGUCCGACUGCCACCGAUCCGGGGGCCAUGCGGUCCUUCCUCCGCGCGCAGGAGGUGAGUAUCCUGAUCAUCACGGCGGCCUGGUUCAAUCUCGUGGCAUCCGACCGGGGCGCCUUCCAGACUCUUAAGCAUGUGCUCACGGCCGGGGAUGUGGCCAACGUGCAAGUGAUGCGACAUGUGCUCGAACAUAGCCCCCCGGAACAUCUCUGGAAUACCUACGGGCCCACCGAGUGUACGACCCUGGCGACGAUGGUGGAGGUGACCCGGGAGGAAACGACCCGGGACCGCAUUGGCAUUGGGGGACCCGUGGGUCAGAUGGAGGUCUGCUUGCUGGACCACGAUUCAACCCCCAUUCGCGAGAGUGGCCAGCCCGGCGAGAUCUGCAUCGCCGGGCCCCAGCAGACGAGCGGGUACCGAAAUCGCCCGGAGGAGAAUCAGAAGGGCUUUGUGUGCAAACCCCGCAAGGAUUUCGGCCUGCCCGCCACGGACAACAGGCACCCCGACGAGAUGGUUCGGCUGUACCGAACGGGAGACAUCGGGGAAUGGCGGCCGGGCCGGGACAGUCUCGACUUUGGGGGUCGGAGCGAUACCCAAGUCAAACAUCGGGGGUUCCGCGUGGAACUGGGCGAGAUCGAGCGCGUGCUGCAGACUUCUGAGGGCAUUCGAGAUGCGGUGGUGCUCCAACCGCCUCCCCCGUCCGCGCAGGGCAUGUCGAUGUUGGUCAGCUUUGUGAUGUUGGCCCAGGCGAGCCGGCUCUCGCCCGAGGAGAUCCUCCAAUUUGCGCGCGAUCGGCUGCCAUCCUACAUGGUGCCCAACGUGGUGGACAUCGUGAGCGAGUUUCCUCUCACCCCCCAUGGCAAGGUCGAUCGCAAGGCUUUACUGGAGACCCGACUGCACAACCUUCCACCCCAGAAAUCCAACAAUGGAGCCGAGGAGACAGCCCCGAGCCCAGACUACCGGACUCGGGUCCAUGACUUCUGCAAGGACAUCCUGGGUCGGACGGCACUCGACGACGGCGACGACAUCUUCCAGCUCGGGGUCACGUCGCUCCAGGCGGCCGCCCUGCUCGCGUUGAUCCAAGACCAGCUGGGGUGCAGCGUGUCCAUGGAGGAUCUCUUCCGUCAUUCCACCGUGUCGGAUCUGGUGCACCUGGUGGGCCAGAUGGCCUCCCCGACCGAUGCGCCCGAUGCCACGCGACAAUGGAGGCAGGAUAUCGAUCAAGUCGACGGCAUCGACGUGGUACCGCAUUGGGAAUCCGCGUGCGAAGGAAAGGUGCUCCUCACGGGGGCCACGGGCUUCGUGGGCGCCCAUCUGCUGCAUCAUCUGUUGACGCGACCGACCGUGAAGCAAAUCGCCUGUCUCUGCCGUCCCAGCCGGUCGCUGAGUGCGGCCGGGCGCGUGCAACGGGCCCUGGAGCGGUAUGAUCUCUGGACGGACUGCCAGGGCCAGCAACACAAACUGCUGAUGAUCGAGGGCGACCUGACUCAGGAUCAGCUGGGGCUGGGGCCGGAGCGCUACGGCUGGCUGGCCGACUGGACCUCGAUCAUCUUCCAUCUCAGGGCCAAGGUGAAUUUCUGUCAGUCGUACCGCGAGCACUAUGCCCCGAAUGUGGUCGGGACGGGGAAUAUCCUGCGCCUGGCGGCCGCGGGCCGGCGCAAGGCGUUGCAGUACUUCUCGUCGAUCGAUGCGUGGGGACCCACCGGGUUUGUGCUGGGGACGCAGGAACUCUCCGAGGACGGCCCCCUGGAGCCCCAUGCGCAGGCGCUGCGAUACGAUCUGGGAUAUGCCCAGAGUCAGUGGGUGGCGGAGGCCAUGGUGCGUCGCAUGCGUGACCGAGGACUGCCCAUCGUCAUCCACCGCCCCGGGUUCAUCAUCGGCCAUGGGCGGACGGGCCAGAGCAAUCCGGAUGAUUUCGUGUCGCGCCUGAUUGUCGGCUGCAUCCAGCUGGGGGUGUUCCCGGCGCUGGAUCAACGGCUGGAGUAUGUCACGGUCGACUAUGUGAUCGCGGCGCCCAUGUUCCGCGAGCGCGUCCUGGGCGAUUUGACGCGCUGGGAGGCCAGCCAGUUGUCGCCCUGGUAUCGCUGCGACCAGGCGGUCCAGGCCCUGCAGGACCGACCGGACCUGCAGUACCAGCCCUUGGACGCGGCCCUGCUGCAGCGGUUCAUCGCGUUCUGGAAUCGCAAAGGCUUCUAUGGGAUCGCACCCGGGCGAUAA